AAAAUCCCGCCAUUUCCCGCCCUCUACCCCCAGGAGCUAGGGUUUCCUCCCACUUCCCUCCCCCGCUAGGGUUCCGAUCUCCGAAACCCUAGAGAGAUCGAUCGAGAGAGAGAGGGAGAGGGAGAGGAGAUGUACGUCAAGGAGAUAUGCUUGGAAGGGUUCAAGUCGUACGCGACGCGCACGGUGGUGUCGGGGUUCGACCCCUUCUUCAACGCCAUCACGGGGCUCAACGGCUCCGGCAAGUCCAACAUCCUCGACUCCAUCUGCUUCGUCCUCGGCAUCACCAACCUCCAGCAGGUCCGCGCCACCAACCUCCAGGAGCUCGUCUACAAGCAGGGCCAGGCCGGGAUCACCAAGGCCACCGUCUCCAUCGUCUUCGACAACUCCGACCGCAGCCGCAGCCCCCUCGGCUACGAGGAUUGCCCCGAGAUCACCGUCACCCGACAGAUUGUUAUCGGAGGAAGGAACAAGUAUCUCAUCAAUGGGCAUGCUGCUCAGCCUUCUCGUGUUCAGACCCUUUUCCAUUCUGUACAGCUUAAUGUUAACAACCCACACUUCCUUAUAAUGCAAGGACGUAUCACAAAAGUCCUGAACAUGAAACCUCCUGAAAUUCUAUCGAUGCUAGAAGAGGCGGCCGGCACAAGAAUGUAUGAAAUGAAAAAGGAAUCAGCUCUGAAGACGCUUGAGAAAAAGCAAAGCAAAGUAGAUGAGAUUGAUAAGCUCCUCGACCAAGAAAUCCUGCCUGCUCUGGAGAAGCUCAGGAAAGAACGAAUGCAGUACAUGCAGUGGGCCAAUGGGAAUGCGGAAUUAGAGCGUCUGAAAAGAUUCUGCAUUGCUUAUGAGUUUGUUCAGGCGGAGAAGGUACGCGAUAGUGCGGACAAUGAGGUCGGACAAGUUAAGGUGAAGAUUACUGAGCUUAAUGAUAGUACAGAAAGGUUAAAAACUGACAUACAGGAGAUGGACAAGAAAAUUUCCAGUUUGACUGCUGAGAAGGAAGCAAAAUUGGGCGGCGAGAUGAAGUCUUUGUCUGACAAAGUGGAUGCUCUAUCCCGAUCUCUUGUCAAGGAAGCUUCUGUGAUGAAUAAUCAAGAGGAAACUGUGAAGACAGAGAAAAAGGCUGCUGAAAAGAUUGUGAAAAGUAUUGAGGACAUCAAAAGAUCAAUAGUGGAGAGGGAUUCUGCUGUAAAAAAAGCAGAAGAUGAUGCAUCCGAUCUUAAGAAUCGAGUGGAAAAUCUAUCUAAAAAUUUGGAUGAGUGUGAGAAAGAAUAUCAGGGUGUGCUAGCUGGUAAGAGCAGCGGAAAGGAAGAUAAAUGCCUUGAAGAUCAACUGAGGGAUGCCAAAGCUGCCGUUGGUGAUUCAGAAUCAGAAUUGAAGCAACUGAAGACAAAAAUAAGCCAUUCUGAGAGAGAGCUGAAAGAGAAAAAAGCGCAAUUGAUUUCCAAAUGUGAUGAAGCUGCUGCAGUUGAGAGUGAGCUGAAUGUUAGAAAGAAAGAUUUGGAAGAAGUUAAAGCAUCCAUGGAAUCAAUUAGAUAUGAAGAAGGGCAGAUGGAAUCAUUGCAAAAGGAGCGCUUUGUUGAGCUAGAAGCCAUUGAGAAACUGAAAGGUGAAAUCCGUGUCCUUUCAGGACAGUUAGCAAAUGUUCACUUCACCUACCGUGACCCUGUUAAGAAUUUCGACAGAUCAAAAGUCAAAGGAGUUGUGGCAAGGCUUAUUAAAGUAAAAGAUAGUUCCACAGCAACAGCCUUGGAGGUUGCUGCUGGAGGUAAGCUAUAUAAUGUUGUUGUUGACACAGAAACUACUGGAAAACAAUUGCUCCAACAUGGGGAUCUGCGAAGAAGAGUAACAAUCAUACCAUUAAAUAAAAUCCAGACAAACAUAGUACCUCAGAGGGUUCAGCAAGCAGCAGAUAGACUGGUUGGCAAGGGUAAUGCACAAUUGGCUUUAAUGUUGGUUGGGUAUGAUGAUGAAGUAAAGAAUGCAAUGGCUUACGUGUUUGGUUCAACAUUUGUUUGCCGAAGUACUGAUGCAGCUAAGGAGGUGGCCUUCAAUCGAGAAAUCAGUACCCCUAGUGUGACUUUCGAAGGUGACAUUUUUCAGCCUAGUGGCCUUUUAACUGGUGGCAGUCGAAGAAGUGGUGGCGAAUUAUUAAGGCAACUUCAUGCUUUAGCUGCUGCUGAAUCAGAGCUGUGUGUUCAUGAGAAGAGAUUAUCUGCAAUUGAUGAAAAGAUUGCUAUGCUCUUGCCUCUUCAGAAAAAUUAUGAGAAGUUGAAAUCUCAGUUUGAGCUCAAAUCAUAUGAUCUUUCAUUGUUCCAGGGCAGAGCUGAGCAAAAUGAACACCACAAGUUAGGUGAGAUAGUGGGGAAGCUAGAGCAAGAGCUUGAAGAGGCAAAACUGUUAGCGAAAGAGAAGCAAACUCGGUACAAGAAUUGCAUUUCCACUGUUUCAGCACUUGAGAAGGCUAUCGGUGAGCACGGCAAUCAACGCGAGUUUAAGCUCAAAGAUCUAGAUAAGAGGAUCAAGUCAUUGAAAUCUGAUUUGCAAUCAGCAAGAAAGUUACUUAAGGGUCAUGAAAGUGAGAGGGAAAAGCUAGUUAUGGAGAAGGAUGCUGUCAAUGAGGAGCUUGCUAUGCUGGAAAAUCAAUUGGCUGCUUCGGAAUCUCAGAUUAAUGCUCUUUCUCAAGCAUUGGAUGAACAAAAGUGCAAGGUUAGUUCAAUAAAGCGGGAAUAUGAUCAAGCUGAAUCAGCGCUUAACUUAAGUCGUUCAAAUCUGAAAGAAUGUGAUUCACAGUUAAGUGCCAUGGCCAAAGAGCAGCAAAAACUACAACAGCAACUCAGUGAUGCUAAUGUUGAAAGGAAAAAGAUGGAGAAUGAGGUAAAACGAAUGGAACUAGAACAAAAAGAUUGCUCGCUAAAGGUAGAUAAGCUACUCGAGAAAUAUGGUUGGAUCGCAGCAGAGAAACAAUUGUUUGGCAAAAAUGGAACUGACUAUGAUUUCACAUCUCGCGAACCUUAUAAAGCAAGGGAAGAACUUGAUAUGUUGCAAGCCGAACAGGCAAGCCUUGAGAAGAGGGUAAACAAAAAAGUUAUGGCUAUGUUUGAAAAAGCGGAAGAUGAAUACAAUGACUUAAUUACCAAGAAAAGCAUAAUUGAGAAUGAUAAGUCAAAGAUCAAGAAGGUGAUUGAAGAGUUGGAUGAAAAAAAGAAAGAAACUUUGAAACUGACCUGGACCAAAGUGAAUAAGGAUUUUGGCUCUAUCUUUAGUACUUUGUUACCAGGCACAAUGGCUAAGCUUGAACCACCUGAAGGAUCAAGUUUCUUAGAUGGUCUUGAGGUUCGUGUGGCAUUUGGAAGUGUUUGGAAGCAGUCUUUGUCUGAACUUAGUGGGGGACAAAGAUCUCUUCUUGCACUUUCUCUUAUUCUGGCAUUGCUUCUCUUUAAGCCUGCUCCACUCUAUAUACUAGACGAGGUUGAUGCCGCUCUUGAUCUGAGUCAUACACAAAAUAUUGGAAGAAUGAUUAAAGCACAUUUCCCACAUUCCCAGUUUAUUGUUGUUUCUCUUAAAGAGGGAAUGUUCAACAACGCCAAUGUGUUAUUUCGAACCAAGUUUGUCGAUGGAGUUUCCACUGUUACAAGAACGGUUGCUGCGAGACAGAAAUAGCUCGGUGAUGUUAAUCAAUGUUUCUGUGGAGCAGUUGCUAUUAAGGGUCUACGAUAAGGCGGUUCAAUAUUUUGAUUGCUAUACAAUCUAGCAUAAUUCUGCAGUGUCGGGAGACCAAAUGAGCAAAUCACUCUGUGCUCCGUUCGAUGUAUUUAAACACAUGAGUUUCGCUUGAGCUCAAAAUGUGAUACCUAGCAGCCGAUUGGGCUCAAGUCGUUGACCAUCUCGCGUUUGCUUCCUGUUCGUCGGUGUAUCUUAAUGCUAAUGCACACCCUUCUGUUUACUGUAGAGGAUGGUACCAAAAUUUUUGUUGAAAUUAUAAUGUAAAAGGGAUGCUUAUGGUAGUGAUGGCUUGGACAGCCUUUUCUCUCUGGAUUCUGCAAUUUUAGUGUGUUUUGUAUGUAUGUAUUGCUUUGUUGUCUAAUAUAUUUCACUAGUGUUACUACA